AUGACCCGUUCAUCAAUUAAAGAAUAUCUAAACAGCAAUCCUGAAAGUGUGCUGGUGCUGGAUGGUGGCCAGGGAACAGAAUUGGAAAACCGAGGAAUUAAAGUAGCCAACCCAGUGUGGUCGACGAUUCCAUUUGUAAAUGAGUCGUUCUGGACAGAUCCAGCUUCCAAGGACCGCGAAAUCGUGAAGGGAAUGUACCAGGAUUUUCUGGCGAGCGGGGCGCAGGCGUUGAUGACGGUCACGUACCAGGCAAGCUUCAAGUCGGUUUCCGAGAACACCCGGAUCAAGACGCUCGAGGACUACGACCAGCUGCUGUCGCGAAUCGUGGCGUUUGCACGCGAAUGCAUCGGCGACGACAAAUGGCUGGUGGGCUGUAUAGGUGCCUGGGGCGCCCACACGUGUUCCGAGUUCACCGGCGAUUACGGUGCAGAGCCCGCGAAAAUCGACUAUCUGGCUUACUUCCGACCACAGCUGUCGGCGUUCAACGCCAACAAGGAGCUAGAUAUGAUUGGUUUCGAAACUAUCCCCAAUUUCAACGAGAUAAAGGCGAUUUUGUCGUGGGACACGUCUGUGAUCUCCAAGCCCUUUUUCAUUGGACUUUCAGUGCAUGACAACGGCGAAUUGCGCGAUGGAACCAGUCUGCGUAAAAUUGGCGAAUACAUCAAGUCUCUGGGCCCUAAACUGAAUCCAAACUUUACACUUUUGGGUGUAAAUUGUGUCAGUUUUAACCACUCGCACGACAUGGUCAAAUCUUUACACGAAGUACUGCCCGAUCUUCCCUUGAUUGCUUACCCCAACAGCGGAGAGGUCUACGACACUGUAAAGAAAGUAUGGACCUCGAAAGGUUCCCAAACUAAGACCUGGGACGAUAUCGUCAAGAAGUACCUCGACAACGGUGCCAGAAUUGUUGGUGGUUGUUGUAGAACCUCGCCCAGAGACAUCAAGGAGAUCAGGACUGCCGUUGACAACUACGGAAAACAAUAA